AUGGCACCGCAAUUUAAGAAGCUCACUGACUGCCCGGAAAACCUCCGUGAGUCCAUCGACUGGCUCAUACAGGUGAGGCAUGGGAAUGGUAUGGAUGGUAUUGGUGAGUUGGCCAAAGCUUUGCAAAAGCUGAUUGGGGAGGCUAUUGAAAAAGCGUAUACUACUAAUAUUGAUGCGCUUCUUAAGCUUCUUGAUUCUGCCAAGUCUUACAACUGUUGCAAGGAUAAAGUGGCUGAAAUUGGGAAACUUAAGGACUCCGAAAAAAUUGAAGAUGAGAGUUUAAAGAAACUCUUACAGUGUGUUGAAGAUCAUAAAACGUCCUGUUACAAUCACCUGGACCAUUCCCAGCAGAAAUCAUACGAUGAGAUUGAGUCCAAGUUGGAUCAACUUAAAAAUCAUAAAGAGAGUCUUGAAGGAUUGACGGAUGAAAGUCAAUGUAAAGUGUUACUUACUAAUUUAUGUGAUGGCCUCGAGACCUUCCUAGGUUACGACUCAAAAUCCAAAGGCUACACUGGCCAGGGGAUUGUGUACUCCGACCUUGACAGGCUGUGUGACGGGGUGAUGGGAUUUUUGCUUGGUGUGCUUAAAGAGGUACAUGAAAAUAACAACUUAUCACCUUAUAAAACAACAUUAAAUGAAGCAGUAACUAAAUUAAAAGAACAGCGAUAUAAUGGUAAAAAAGGUUUGGUGGCUGUGAUUGACCCGGUCAAGCAGGGGAUUGCGGGGUGGUUGGGGGAGGUGGAAAAAAGAAAUAAUGAUGUAACGAAAUAUAUCAAUUUUUUACAAAAUGACGCAAUUAACGCUGCUACUGGUAUCGAAAAAUGGAAAAAUCAAGCAUUUGAUGAAGCCUCCAAAAAACAUGGUGAGUUGCACAAUUGGAUCAAAUCCAUCAAGGCGCUAUCCAACCAACCGUAUUAUGCCAUUCAUGCGCUCGAAUACGUCGAUAAAAAUCUCAAAAACGAUUUACUUCCGCAUAUCACUUUACUUAAUAACGCCAUUGAUACUUUCAAGCAGAAUACGGUUGAAGAUUAUAAUGGACUCAACGCGGUGGCAAGCGAUGCAAAAUUUCAAAUUAAUGCUCUUGAAAACAUGGUUAAACAAGUUGCUGUAGAACAGCAGCAGAUUUGUAGGAAGAAGCUGGAAGAUGCGUUUCUCGAAAAAAUUCAGUCGCCGAUUGAAAAACUGAAUGAGAAGCUGAAGGGUCUUAAUGGUGAAUUAAAGACGUGGAUAGAUAAGGCCCAUUUGUUAGUGAGCAAAGCAACCGCACAAUGUGAAAGGAUAGUAAGGGAGGUUCAAGAUCAAGGCCAUGGAAAACAAAAAUCCGCGAAUCGUACAGCCGUGGAGACAGCGGCGGAAACAUUAAGGGACAGAGCGAAUGUGCUCUACAAGGCGGCGAAUAACGUAACGAAAAACAUUGACAGCUGGGUUAGGGCGGCACAGAGCCAAUUGCAGCAGUUGGAAGAUGCUGUAAUGUGGGAUUUAAAUGGCGUUAAAGAUAACCUGUUGGCAGGGUUUGGGAAGUAUUUGACGGGUUACGUUGGCAAAAUUCAACAGGAGGUAAAGAAGAUUACGGACUAUAAGACAGGUUUACAAAAAAUCGAACAUGCGGUGAAGGCCUAUGCUACGGACUUCAAGAGUGAAGAGGGUUUUGGGACAAAAGUGAAGAUGUGGGUUGAGGAGAUUAUUGAAGACAGUGCUUACGUCAAGGAGAAGCUUAAGGCUUAUGCUGGCAGUAAGGUCCAUCAAGGUAGGUUCAGGCAGCCACAAUAUACAGCGUCGCAGCCAGAUAUAGCAAUUUCCAAGUUUUACCAGGAUAUUGCAGAGGUUUUCAAGACCAUGCUAAGAGCAGAAAUCCGUGAUGCAGCUUUAAUGGUACAACAGAUGAUCGACUCUGAUGGCGGACCUGCAGAAAAAAUCGAAGAUAAUAUCGUAGCUAUUCAUACUGGUUGUGAGCAAUUCGCAAGUGGCAUUGAAGCAGCCAUUGAAAAGAAAGCAUCUGGUAUUAUGAAUCCAAUGUCUGCAGGUUUUUAUACGUUUGCUAAGGAUAUAGCUAGGGAAAUUGAGAAAGUUGUUUUGGAAAACCCUGCACGACCUGAUUCUCUACAACUUGAAGAUUCUCUUGAAAACGCAGUCCGCUAUACUCUUGCCAAACUCAUUGCCUCUGCUAGGCAAAAAGCUGCUGACCUUGGAUGGCUCACCGGCGAGGACAACAACCAAGCCAACAUCGGUAAAGUGGACGUCUCUCUCGAUGUGGCUACAAAGCUUAAUGAGGCUCUCAGAACGGCGACUGAUCCCGAUUCCUCAACUGGCAAAUCCUACGUCGAGGAUAAAAAGGCUCUCGCCGAUUACUCUGUAAUCCAGGACAUAUCUCAGGAGCUGGAAAGAGAGUUACCAUUAGCAAUUGUAGAUGGCAGUUCUACGAAUAAAGUCCAAUUAACUAAGUUUACAUCGUCGUUCACCAAUGCUCGGCCUGAUGGCGCCAACGAAACCAAGAAAAAAUUACUCACAGAGAAAAUCAAAGAAAUAGAAACAAAGGUGCUACAGAAGCAACAUUUGGGGCAAGUUAUGAGCACCACGACUAACGGUGCUACGGAUGAUAAAUUCUACAGUGAUACCUUCCAAAAAUUGUGCGAAGUCGUAGAAAAUAAACUAAAAACUCUGUGCAAAGCUGUUGCCGAUUUGGUUACGAAUAAGGGAGAUGAGAACACUAUCACUCCAGAUGACAAACGUGGCCUACAAAACCUCAUGGCUGACAUGAAAUCCAUGCUUGAUGAGAAAUAUUUAGAUGGUAAAUUUUAUAAACUUCCAAACAGACUCAGACAGAUACAGAAACGUCUCAACGGCAUAAUAGGCACCGAGGAUGAUUAUGAUAACAGUGAAACCCUUGUCGGCAUACUCGAUGCCUGUGGGAAAUUUUGCGGCCAAACGAUCAAUGAGAUAGUGAAAGAUAGCAUCACCCAAAUCAAGACUACCGUGAAAGUAGAAGUCGCGUCCAAAAUCGCGAGCAUCCAAAGAUCGGCUCUCGCCAAUUUCGCAAAGUCCAAGGAGGCCGAGCUUCACAAUCUGCAAGAGCUGAUCAAGGAUAAAAAUAGGGUGAUUGCAAAAAUAAUUAGAGACGAUUUGGAAAGCGAAUUGAAGGGUAUGAUGAAGAAAAUGAAUGCGCAAAAAGGUACGCUUGAUACAAUCCACGGUCUUGCAACACCUUCGCCAGGUACACCUGUUAAGGACAACGCUCAAAAAUUCCGACAAAUCUCAACUAAUUUCAAAUCGUAUUACAAUACAAUUCACGAGCAUAUUGAAGACCAACUUAUCCCAAAGCCGAAGUCCAGUCCACCCCCACCUCCCAUUUCCGGUGGCGGUUACAGAGCACGUCCGGCAGCACCUAUCCCUCAACCUAAAGGGAAUCCACCAGGCCGAGUCGGAAUGUCUGCCAAAACUGCGCCAACAGGCCAGCAGCCUCCACAAACCACCAAGAAUCUCAUUGCAGAAUACAUUGAGAGACUUAAAGUGCAUUCCGACAGACUUUUCGGCACGCUCUCCGCUGGUUACUUUAGUAGAUCCUUCGCAACAAAACUGGAAAAUCUAAAAGAGUUCCUCAGCUCCAUGCGCUUUUCAAAUUUUGCAGGUAUUGGCAGUCCAUUAUUCGACAUCCUUAGGUUUGGCAUUCAGUCUCUCACAACCGAACUUGGGAAGGCGUAUAUAUCGGUGUGUGAUACUCAGGCGUACAAUUUCCAAUGGAAUGUUGAUAAAAAUUCGGAGAACUGCGCCAAGGUUUUCGUUACCAUACUCGGAAUGAUUUUCGAAGAUUUGAGUACGUUAAAAACAGAAUGUGACAGACGUUUCUCCAUAAGUACAAUAAGCCUAUCUUCGGAUCUUGGAGGUUUGUUUAAGCGCUACGGUUACGUCGUAGCCAAGGACUCCAAAUCACAAGACGGUGAGCUGAGGCGUAGUGACGAGAUGAAUGGUACGGCAGUUCGAGGGAGAAUCGUCGGCGAUUAUCCACGUGUUUUUAAUUCCUCUGCUGAUACUAGACAUGCCAUCAACAGUCUCUUCGAUUGCUUAGAAACGUAUAAUCAGGUAUGUCACCUGUCCACUUUCUAUGCAUGGAGGCAGCCAUGCUCCGUGUACGAGAUGCUUGUUUGGUUGGCCGGUUUGCCUUACAACAACGUAUAUGCCGUGUUACUAUCUGACGGUUUAACUAACGUUCUGACGAAGCCGAAGAGGAAACCGAUAGAGACGGGUGAGGAUGACUUCGAAGUGGAGUUCGACGACCUGAAAGCCUACUACGCCGAUACCUAUCCUAAUCGGGUAACACAUGGCGACAUUAUUGCAGCGUUGGGCCAUGUCUGCUCAACGUCAUAUGACGUGUUGGCCACUAUUGCUGGUCACGGUGACGAAUUCACAACGUACGCAGCUGACUUCUGUACGAACUCACUUAAUCUAAAAUACCCUGCGUCAGGGGAGGAAUGCUUGCAUAACAUCGUUGAUAUCCUACGUAGAAUGUUACCGCAGCUCCAAUAUCUGUUCAGCCGAUGCAAACUAAGUGCUAUGCACGGUGGAUGGUCGCAAUGCCUUUACGGCAAGGACGUCACGACAACCAAAUGGCCAUGUAACAACCACUCAUCCGACAAACCUAGCACUAAAGCAAAUUGCCAACCAACGUCGCCACUAAUGAGCUACAUAACUGACUCACUUCCCGGUCACCAGCCUCACCAAUUGAGUUCCAUUGGAUGCAAGUAUGACUGCGCCAACUGUCCGUCCGUGUCCAGAAAAGGUAUGCCUUGCCUAACUCCACUUGGAUUCAGAGGUUUCUCUGGGUCCACGCGCAAAGGUGAGGAUAUAUGUGAAAUUUUGGAAAAACUCUUCUCAAACUUCUAUUUGUCGUCUCUAUUCUGUAUAGUUCCCAAAACGCCGGCAUCAUUGCCCGAACACUACGGUUUCGUAUUAUCGUUGGUUGAGGGUUGGCACAGUACCAAAACGUCACGCAAAGGCCUCAUUAUGGAGUCCAUUGAAACAUCAAUCGGGAAACAAUCGAUUGGACUAUAUGACGACACGAGCAAGCUGACAAAUGCGCUUGCAAAUGCGUAUGGAAGCAGCCAGACUAUUCAUCAAGAUAAAAACCACCUAGGUCCACUUGUUGACUUGUCAAGUCUGUCGAUGAAUACCGUAUGCCAGAAGAAAGAUGCGAAACUUCAAUGCGCACCUUACCUUACAUCACUGUGCGUAGAUGCGUAUAUUUACUCAACCCAAAAGCAAUCCAACACCUACCUGUCCUGGGCCAUCUACCUCCCAUGGACAUUCUGGGAUCUGCUCAACAAUCUCUACAACGCUUUCUGCUCAAUUAACUGCCAGGACUGGGCAUGUCGUGAAUGUCUUCGUGGUGAUAAGUGCAAAAAGGGAGGGCAUGGUGUUGUUGAUGAAGAUAAGCCAAAUAACAAAUGCCAAUGCCCUUCCAUCGUCGACUGCAAAGGCGUCGCACCAACGCUCUACCAGUAUGGUUUCGUCUUUGGUGAAGCGUCGACGCUGAAUGACAAGGCAUCGCCGAAGACGUGUUCCGAUUUCUGUAGCCAGUUGAAGAAUGUUCUCAAUUCAGAAUAUUUCAAGAAGCUGUUCAGAGAAUGUGACAACUUCCUAUAUUAUAUCCGGUUCCCCUUCAUGACAUUAACCCUCGCCCUCUGGCUCCUCUCCUUGUUGUACCUUUUCCACAUCAUGAUCAUCCGCCUCGACCUGCUCCACAUCAAAUCGCAUCUUCACUCACCCUCAUCACACCGCAUCACCGCUCAAUCACUACUCGCAGCCGCACGUGUCGGCAAACUUGCCAAGCUCACCUACCUGCAACCUUGA